UCGGUCCCGCGGCUUCCUGUGGAGGUCUGUGGCCGGAUCAUCGACCACAUAGCUAUGAAAUGGCAUGACGGUAAUAUAACGGGCGAUCCAUAUCUGACCACUCUCACAUCUUGUGCGCUCGUAUGCCAAGACUGGUACUUCUUGACGUGCUACCAUCUCCACCAAUACAUCUAUCUGCGAGACCGGAAGGAUGUCCUCUCGCUCUCCAAAUCCCUCCAAGCGCGACCGCGCUUCCGUGAGAUCGUUCAAGUGGUCUUCAUAUCUGGCGCCUCAAUCCGGCACCUGGGGACGGUUGCCGCUAUGCUCGCGGGCAAGGCUCCGAAGUUGUGGAGGAUCGGCAUCAAGGAUGCCGAGUGGACUAUCCGCUCGGUUAGAAUGGAGGACAUCAGCUAUCUAGCUGCGUCCAACUCCAUUGAGGCUCUAGACCUCUCCAAUGUCACCUUGUCGAGCGUCGCCCAGCUGUCCCGCCUCGUGUCGGCACUCCGGAGGCUUAGGCACAUACAGUGCUUCAGAGUCGAUUUCUUG